AUGUACCAAAAUCCACGAUUCAAUGUGUUAUCUGCGGUGCAAUUUAGAAAUCUUGCGGCUAGGCACUUUGCUAAGGCAACCAACAAGCCCAUUAUCGAUUUGACAGACCCAAAUGCCAAGGAAUUGACAAAAGAAGAAUUUCUUGCGUUGUCAAAUGUGGAAUUGGACGUACAAAAACUGAAGCCACAUCAAUACAAACAACAUGUAACUAAACCCAAUGAAUCUGACCGUGAUAAUCGGAACAAAAAUAAAUACGUUCCUCAUUCUGAACUUAUAAAGUUCAAAGGGCAUAUUGUUAAAGAUUUGGUGGUGGAAACUGGGCAAAAAUUGAUGUAUCAGGAUAGGGGUGUCUAUAAGAUGAACAGACAGGAAUACUAUAGGCAUUUUUUCAAUAAGAAUAGCAAGGAUAAAAAUUCUUUGGACAAACAACAAGAAAAGUACUAUAAAUUACUAAAGAAUCCACCCAAAAUCAAAGAAAAAAGAAUUAGACCUUCAAAAUACUGGUACAAAAACGAUUAUACACCCCCCACCAAUGAUGAAAUAUCAAAACUUACAGCUAAUGAACUAAAGUUUACAUUUAUGAAUCAGUCACGACACUGUCGCUCAGCUGGAGUAAUCGACAAUAACACCUGGAAUUUGCUGCUAGAACGCGUAUUAAAACUCUCCAACAAAAUUAAAUUAAGGAAAUUAAUGAGAUAUUUCCAGGCCAUUGGAAAUGUUCAACUAGAUGUGAACUGGCGUGUUAAACAGUUGAUAGAUAUAAUUUAUAAAAGAAGGGUUGAAAUGAAACCCAAACAUUAUGUCUAUUUGUUUCAAGCGCUUAGUAGACUUAGGUAUCAGGGGCUAAAUUUACUAGACGAUCUACAUGAAAUGAUGCUUUGUUGGUCAAUUCUCCGCAACAAUUUCCUUAUUAAGGCGGCAAACAGUUUGUCUAAAUUGGGCGUUGGAAAUGAACUAUUGGCACAACCACUACAAAAGGUGAUAAGUCACAGAAUUGUUAGCUUCACAGGCAGUGACUGCAUAAAAGUAAAAUACAUUACAUGCUUGGAAAUGUUUACGGAUGACAUGUUGGUGGCAUUUCUACACAAAUGCGAUUACAAUCGCACGCUAUUUUGCCACUACACAAGGCACUUGGAAAUAGUUGAACUGUAUUUAAGAUUAAUGAAACCAAACGUCUAUGAACGGUUAUCUGAAGCAACAAGAGAAUUUCUAAAAUCAUCACGUGAACAUUCUACUAUGAAAGAUCAAAUAGGAAAGGCCAGCUUUGACAGCGAUGUCACUAAUAAUCAAGACAUGGAAGGUUAUAGCCUUAAUGAUAUUGAUAAUGUCACAAACGAGGCAGAAUCCGCGCCAUUAGAUUCCGAAAACCCCCGCUCAGCUGAUUUUGGACGAUCAUAUCAUGAGGAUUUUGUAAAAGAUGUAGCUAGGAUUUUAACCCUUCUAAAUAUAGAAGCUGUUAAAGGGGUAAUAGCCGGGCCCUUUACUCUUGAUUUAUAUAGUUCAGAACGUAAUCUGGUAAUUGAAUGCUGUCCCCCAUACCAAUUCUAUACCCAAACGGGCAGCUAUACCACUUGCGCAUCAUGGAGGCACAAAUUAAUUCGCGCCAUGGGAUUUCAUUUAGUAUUAGUACCGUAUAAGAAAUGGUAUUCAUUGCCCAGUGACAAUGAUAAGGGUGCCUUUCUUACCACAAUAUUGCCCAACCACAUCGCAUAG